GACUGGUCAGCACGUUCUGAUUCGAGAACAGCCACAGCACACACGCUGAGCAACACAAUGCUGCAUCACUGGUUUAACUGAGCGAUCCUGUUAUGGUCGAUUUCCCGCCCAGUCUACCUCCACCAUGCUCGCGUCUGCGUUUCGAAACUCAAAUGUGGUCAACUAUCUCAAUGAUACUUAUGCGCAUUUGAAGCGAUAUUCUUCGUGACACUCACCUAACCUAUUCAAGCGGCAGGUGCCUCUGGCACAUAGAAGGUGCGCACAACCCUAUCGUGGCGACUUCAACUUCUGAACACUCCAUCACUCUUCACUUUGUCGCCGUACUUCGUUUCAUCUCCAAUAUGUGCAAUGCGCGACUUGCCCUGGCAUUGCUCGCCACUUGUGCCGCCGAUUCUUUCAGCAAUUAUGGAGAGAUUGACCAAGCAUGCACCAUGCUUGAGUCUGAGCUGCCCGGCUGUGUAUACUACCCUAACAGUACGGCUUUCGAGCAGUCAGUUGCCUCAUAUAUAUAUGCGGGGUCACGGCUUCGACCAAAUUGUAUUCUCGGUCCAAAACAAGCUGAAGACGUCCAAAAGGCAGUGCAAGUCCUCACCCAGUAUCCGUCUGUGGAGUUCGCUGUUCGGAGCGGAGGGCACAAUAUCAACAAAGGAUUCGCGAACACUGACCUCGGUGUGACGAUUGAUCUCGCUGCACUCGAUGAUGUAGAAGUCAGCAGCGACAAAAGCUACGUAUCGAUCGGAGUGGGUGCUCGGUGGGGAAAAGUGUAUGCUACUGUCGAGCAACAAGGUCUUAGCGGGAUCUCAUAUUACUCCCCCGAAAGAGGCUGGGCCUGCGACUCUGUCAAAAGCUUCGACAUCGUCCUUGCAAACGGUUCCCUCAUCAAUGCCAACGCCCAGUCCAAUGCAGACCUGUUCAGAGCCCUCAAAGGAGGUUCGAACAACUUUGGCAUAGUGACGCAUUUCGAACUCGAUGUAUUCGAGCAAGGACCACUUACCGGCGGUUCAAUGGACUAUGGCAACGUAACGGGCGAGCAGGUCGUGAACACAAUUACGUCCUUCAAACAGCCACAGAUGUUCGACAAGCAUGCAAUGCUAAUCGCCAUCUUCUCAUACCAAGCUCAUAAACAUCUAUUCUCUCAUUCGGCAACGUUCUUCCAUACACGCCCUGAAAAAUAUUUUGGGAGCACAUUGGAGGCGUUUACGAGGGUCGAGCCGCAAACGAAUGUGACGUUACCCGUGAUGAACAACACAGCAGGAUUCUUUGCAGGUUUGUCAGGGUCCUAUGAUCCUUCGUACGCGCCGAAUAACUUUAUGCAUUGGACUUGCCUCCAAUUCCGCGUUACCAAAACAAUCCUACACAAAAUCAACGGGCUGUACCGAGAGCAUUCCCUCAGGCUCGCCAAUGUACCUGCCUACCGCAGCGCAAAUCUAACCGUCUUCCUCGUCCUGCAAUCGGUACCCGCAACCAGGCCAGGGAACAGUCUGGGCUUCGAACCUGAUUCGCAUCCAGAAAAGGACCAGCUUAACCUACUGAUCAUGUAUCAAUAUGACGAAGGCCGAAUGGAAGUCGCGUUGCAGCGAGAGAUCAACAGGUUGACGAAGGAGGUGGAGGAUAUUGCGAGGGAGGAGCGUGCGCUCAGUCAAUUCAUAUACCUUAACUAUGCAGGCAGUGACCAGAAAGUCCUCGAGGGGUAUGGAAAGAAGAGCGUAGAAAAGUUGAAGAGGGUCGCUGCGGAGUAUGAUCCAGAUGGCGUGUUCCAGAAGCAAGUGAGGGGAGGGUUCAAGCUGUCAGACGUGCAUUUCUAG